AUGUCAAGAUUAUUUGUAACAGCUGGGUCGUGGAAACCUGUUCAUGAUACAGUUGCUGUUGCAAUACAUUCAUUUCAAGCAAAUGGAGAGAAUCAAUUAACAUUAAAGGUUGGAGACCAAAUAAAGGUUGAAGAAAAGAAUGGGGAAUGGUAUCGUGGUGUGGUAUUGACAUCAAAUUAUUUGUUGGAUAAUAUAGAUCAGGCAGUUACUGCGACAACGACGAUACCACAACAACCUAUUGGAGCAAGUGGGAUCUUCCCCGCUACCUAUGUAGUAUUAAAGAACACUCAGGAUUUUGAUGUUGUCACCAAUGAGUUGUCACAGGUGAUUAGGGAAUGGGGUCUAUUGUUGAUCACCUAUUUCAGAGAGCGUAAAAUGUCGGAAUACAAGAUCAUGAAAGACCGUUUGUCAUUACUUCUCGAUUGGCACGCCAAGAUCAUGUCACCAUCCAUCACACUAGAGGUACGAGAAAUGCUAAAGGGAAAGGUGAUUAGCAAGAUUGAGGAAGGUAGACGUCUGAUGGGACUAGACAUGAUUGUUAGAACGGCCAAUGGAGAGCCAGCACACGAAUCAAAUACAGGUAUCAUCUCGUUGUAUCGUAUGCAUCAAGAGUUGGACACAUCCAAGGUAUCGGCAUACAACAAUACACGACAAUUGACAAGCCAGACAUUUGCAUCGUCGUCGACCAAGGAUCUGCUCAAUGGUGCGUCGGGACCUGGAUCUCCUAUCCCCGCAACUAGUCUUAUCAACGCUGCGACUGCCGCUGCUGCAGGUGCCACCGGUGGUUCCAGUUCUUCUGGUUCAUCACCCUCUUCAACAUCACCAAUGUCACCGGGUCGCAAACCAACCUCCAAUACAUUGUCGGGCUCCUCUUCUGGUGGUAGUCCGAGUCCAGUCCGCGCAGGUAUGAGAAAGUCAAUGAUGGUACGCCGCGAGACUGGUGAUUUGGCCGCCGCUGCAGCUGCCGCCAGUAGUGCAUCCAGCUCGCUACAACCCAACCACAUCUUUUUCGACCUCAAAGUAUUCAUGUGCUCGGUCGGUGAAGAGACACAACUCUUUUUCUCCAUCUACAACCGUACCGAGGGACGCUUCAUCACGGAGGAGUAUCAAGUCGGAUUAACCGCACUCGGCAUGCCACACGAUGUUGACAAGAUUGGUAAACUCUCCACUCUCUUUGUAGAUGUUUCCAAAAAAGAGUUACAAGCCGAUCUCUACUUGGUGUGUCGGUUGGUAAGAAAGGGCAAGAUGUUGGUAGACGGUAAAAAGACUGGUCCCCUUCCAUACCGUCGUCCAUUUGGGUGUUCGGUACUUCGUAUCGAUGACAAUAUCACAGUUGGUAGAGAGUUGGUACAUACCAUCCCCAUCUAUACCAGUACUCAAGAAUCUGUAUUCCCCAUACUCCAUGAAAUGAUCAUCAAGAAUGCAACCAAUCUCCAACAAGUACCCAAAGCCAAGGGUAUUUGUAUUGGUCUCACCCUAUUACCAGGUGAACUCAAACAAGUGAUCAAGGAGAAUCCAGUACUUGAAGAGGUACAACAAACCAGCAAACUUGGCUUCCCCGAUGUCAUCUAUCCAGGCGAUCAAAGAAAUGAUCUCUUUAUCACACUGGAAAGUGGUGAAUACUCUCAAGAUCGAAAGACAAGUGCCAAAAAUGUAGAAAUCAUUGUUCAAGCAAGACUUGAAAAUGGUGAUCUCGUCAAAGACUGUCUAUUCACUGGUGAUAAACACCGUUCAGAGUAUAAAUCAAUUGUAUUUUAUCAUUCAAAUCAACCUCAUUGGUCUGAAACUAUCAAAAUCAAUGUACCAUUACAAUUAUUGGAUCAAAUUUAUUUGGUUUUUAGUAUUAGACAUUGUACUACAAGUGAAACAAAAGAAAGAAUACCAUUUGGAAUGUCAUAUUUAAAAUUAACAAAUCAAGAUGGAACUGUAAUUGGAAACAAAACACAUUCACUUGUUUCUUAUAAAACUACCAAAACGAUUGAAGAAUUUAUUCCUUCACUUAAAGAUCCACAAAACAAAUUGGUUCCAAGAUCAAAAGGUGAACAAACUAAAGUUAAAGUUUUAUUAUGUUCAACUGUUUGUACUCAAAAUUUAUCAUUAUUAACAUUAUUAAAAUGGGAUCAAUAUAAUGGUGAUUUAGGAGAAGUAUUAAAUAGAUUUACAUUUGUAGAUCAAAUUGAAAUUAUUAAAUUUAUGCAAGAAACAUUUAAUGCAUUAUUUGCCAUUUUGGAAGCAAAAAAGGUAUCUGAUCCAGAUUUGGUAUUCUCUGUGAUUACUUGGAUUAUUGGUCUUUUGGUUGAUGAAAAAACUUCAAAAUAUACAAACUUUAAACCAGUUUUGGAUAUGUAUAUUGAAAAUCAUUUCACUAGUUCAGUUGCUCAUAAUCUUCUCAUUGGUAGUUUAAAAAGAAUUCUUUCAAAUAAUUCAAAUUUAAAAACUUUAUUAUCAACUCUAAAGUCUAUGGAAUAUAUAUUAAAAUUUAUUGUAAUAUCAAAAAGAAAUCAUGAUUUGAUUGAUAAAUCAGUUGGCUAUUCAAAGACAUUCAAGGAAGAUUUGACAAGUGUAUUUUCAACACUUAGUCAGUUGAUGAAAAAGACUGAAAGAGAAUAUAUUGGUGCUCAAACCAUUGCAUUGAAAAUCUUUAGUUCCAUGUUUUCAGAUUUGGGUCAAUUAUUCUCUAUCGAAGAAAGAAGUGAAAUUGCUAAAAACUUUAUUGAUAGUGUUAGAUUUGAUGAAUCUUUACGUUUAUUAAAUAUGGAAAAAAUGAAUGUAAUAUUAAAAUUAACAGAAGGUGAUUUAUUUUUACAAAAUUCAUCACGUACAUUGUUGAUGGAUACUGUAAAGAAACAUUUAAAACAACACAUGGCAAGUUCAACUAAUGGAUUUGAUGAUAUCAAGAAACAAGCCGAGAUUAUUAGUGUAAUGAUUGAUACUAUUCAAACCAAACUAAAGGACAAUUCAAAGAUUUGGGAUAUUGUAGACAUGUUGCCAGAGAUUGUUGAAUCGAUUAAAUCAUGUCCACUUCAUUUUGAUAUUGCAAAGUUGGAUAUGGUACACAACCUCUAUUCUAUCCUCUAUCUAAUGGAUGAAGCAUUGUUUGAUCGUUAUAUGCAAUCACUACAACCACAACAAUGGUGGAGUAAUCUUUUUAAACUCUUACGUGUCCUCAAUUCUCUUUUACAAGAAAAUGCAGUCACUUAUCCUGAAAACUGGUUAACUCUUACCAUGUUCCAAUAUAGUACUGUUAAAAAGGUUAUCAUUCAAGUUUCAAAAUAUCUCCUAAGAAAAUUACAAACUAAAAUUCAAAUGCAACAAUGGCAACAAAUUGAUUUUGAUUUAUGGUCAAUAUUCUUUACAUUAUCAAUUACAUUUGUUAAACUUAAAGGUUUAGCACUUGAACAUUUCUCUGAAGCUAAACAAAAAACCAUUAAAUCAAGAUAUGGUGAUAUGAGAAAUGAUUUAAUUUCAACCAUUCAAACAAUGUGGGAAUCUUUGGAAAAAUAUCAAAUCAAAUUAUUACCAACUGUUAUUGCUCCAUUUUUAGAAUUAAUGUUUAUUAAUCAACAAAAUUUGAAACAACUUGGUAUUCAACUUUAUUAUCAAUUAUUAAGAUGUGAAUUUAAAGAACAUAAAUCAUUUAAAAAGGUUGAAACUGAAACGAUUAAUACAUUGGAUCAAAUUACAAAUACUGAAGCUGCCGAUAUUUUAGAUGAAAAGUUUAGAAUUUUCUUUUCUUCAAAUUUGGAAGAAAAAAUGAAUAAUGAUAUGAUUAUAAAAGAUUCUGGAUUAAUAUUUAUAAAAGAUAUGAAGAUGUUUUUGGAAUUAUUGUUUGCACUUCGAACAUUACCAGAUAGAGCAGAGUAUGAAGAUGAUAGAACGAUUGCAUGUAUGCAAUUGAUGAAUUAUCUAAAGCAAACGGAUCGUCAAGACACCUAUAUCAAAUAUGUUCAUUUACUUUGUAAUCAACAUUUGACCAAUAACAAUUACACCGAAGCCGGUAACACAUUGUUGUUGCAUGCCGAUCUAUUGGAAUGGUCCGACACUGUGGUAGAUGAAUUACAAUUUGUAGAAGGAUUCAAAUCACAAUCGAUGCGUGAAAGAAAGGAGAAAUUGUACAAACUGUCAAUUGAAUACCUUGACAAGGGUAAGGCAUGGGAGCGUGCCAUCACCUUGAUGAAGAAACUCAUCAUCCAAUACGAAGAAGUACAAUUUGACUAUCAAAGAUUGGCCGAUAUUUUACAACAAGAAUCAACGUUUUACCGAAAGAUUAUUGGUGUUGAACGUUUCUUUUCAGAGUACUUUAGAGUUGGAUACUAUGGCAAGGGAUUCGAACCAUCAAUUCGUGGCAAGGAAUUUAUCUACAAGGGCUAUGAAUUGGAGAGAAUGUCUGAUUUUGUUCAAAGAAUUCAAGCCAAGUUCCCAUCGGCAUCAUUGUUGACCUAUACCGAAUUGCCACCAGCAGAGAUUAUGAAUAGUCCAAAUCAAUAUCUUCAAAUCUAUGCCGUCAAACCAUCCCAAGACCUUCAACAACAAUUACCUGCCAAUCCUAGACAUACCACUGUUUUGGCCAAUAGUAUUAAUAAUAAUAAUGUUAAUCAUCUUUCACCAAGUCAAAGAUCAAAACCAUCAACUCCAAGUGGUUCACCUGGGAGCAUGUCUCCUGCACUUUUAUCAACUGGUGCAACAGCAACAACAGCAACCGUUCCAGUUGCAACUAAACCAAUACCACCAGCAGUACAAAAAUAUCGUCAACAUAACAAUAUCAAUACGUUUUUAUAUUCUAAACCAUUUAGAAAAAAUAAGACUGGCAAUGAAUUUGGAGAUCUUUGGAUUAUCAACAAUUAUUAUAUUCUUCAAGACUCUUUCCCAACGAUUCAUAGACGUUCAGAGAUUGUACGUCGUUACGAGGUUGAAUUGUCACCAAUCGACAAUGCAGUCAAUUCAGUCAUGAGUAAAAACACUGAACUCAAUGAAAUGUCAAUCAAACACGAGAAUGGCAACGAUACCAACAUUUCUCCAUUUACCAUGAUUCUCAAGGGUGUCAUUGAUGCUGCCGUCAAUGGUGGUGUAAACAUGUACAAACAAGUUUUCUUUUCCAAAGAGUAUCUUGUUGACAAUCCCGACAAAAAGGAAACAGUCGAUCGUCUCAAAUCGGCUCUCUCUCAACAAGUCAUCAUCCUCGAAAAAUCUCUUGCCAUACACGCCAAGGUUUGUUCUCUUGAAAUGGGUGGUCUUCAAGAACAACUUGAAAAACAAUUAGAUAAAAUGAAACAAGAAAUGACUACUUUUGUUCAACAACAACAACAAGAAAAUAUUUAA